AUUUUUAUUUCCCUAUUAAAAAAAAAGAAAAAACUUGUAUUUUUAUUUCCACCAAAAAAAAAAAUUAUUCACAUAAUCACAUCCAUCAUUCAUGAUUCUUUCAGUAACCGAAACCCAGUCGUCUCUCUCUGUGUCUGUCCAAAAACCAAAAUCAUAAAUUAUAAAGAAAAAAACCCAACGUAGUAUAAAAUUAUAAAUCUCCUCCCAUAAAUUCAAUGGAAAAACAACACGCAUAAAAUCAAAAUCUACCCUGAAAAUUCCAUCCAAAUUAUUCCCCCCAAUUAAUCUCCCCAGAUCCGUUUCGCUUUCUUUCCCAUUUUGCACGUCUCAAUUUCAGUACUCACCCUCCAUUCUGCAACAAAUUCUAGAGAGAAACUUAGGACGGAGAAAGUUAAUAGAGAGGGAGAAAGCAGCCAUGUCGACUCAGCUAGUGGUGAAGGUGAGGAGAGAGAAACUAGAGGCAUGCAUGACAUGCCCUCUCUGCAACCAGCUUCUCAGAGAGGCCACCACCAUCUCCCUUUGCCUCCAUACAUUUUGCAGGAAGUGCAUUUAUAAAAGGCUUUCAGAUGAGGAUGUUGAUUACUGUCCGGUUUGUGACAUUAACCUGGGAAUUGUUCCAGAGGAAAAACUCAGGCCAGACCACAAUCUGCAAGAUAUCAUGGCCAAGAUUUUUCCUAUAACCGGAAGAAAAGUCGAGGCACCUGAAAUUCCCCUUUCAGCUUCUCCACCAGCUAAGAGAAAGGAAAGAUCACUGUCAUCUUUAGUGGUGAACACACCUAGAGUAUCCAUGCAGGCUGGUGUCACUGGUAGAAGGACAAGAGCUGGUGUAAGAAAAGGUUCUGCUUCAAGGGGUGCAAGUUCUGCUAACGAAGAAACACCUAAGAAAGACGAGGAUUCCAUUGAAGAUCACCUUGAUGGAUCAAGCUCACCUGAGACUCUGAAUAAAAUCAUACAAAAUAAGAAGCAGAGUUCUUCUGCCAAAUCUUCCAAUGAUCAGAUUCGUGGUGAACACUUGGAGAAUAGCAAUGAAGGACGGGAAGGAAAAGUUGAUUUGUGGAAGCCCUUAAAUACACUUGUUGAGGCUGCAAACAGAAGCAAGUUUUCGAAGUCUAAUUUGCAAGGGUCUUCUCAUGUUAAAGCAGACGCAUCUUGUUCUGGAGAUACCGAUAUAGGUAUGAAUAAGACCAGAACCGAGGAGAAUGGACAUAGAGAUGAAGUCCAAGAUGACAAAAGUUCCUUUCCAACUGUCGCAGGACCGGGAAAACGUAAGAGGCUGCGCCCAUCCAAUAGAAACCGGUCAUCUGCAGAACCAAGCAGUCCACAAGUCGUGAUCAAUGAGACUAGUCGAAAUUGGAAAGAAGGUCCAAUCUGGUUUUCAUUGAUUGCGUCUGAGGAACAGGAAGGAGGUGAUCCCUUGCCACAAAUAUCUGCAGCUUUUUUGAGAGUAAAGGAUGGAAACAUGCCUGUCUCGUCUAUUCAGAAAUACAUUGUCAAGAAACUUGAUCUCACAAAUGAGGCAGAAGUCCAAAUAUUGUGCCAAGGACAACCGGUGCUGCCUCACUUGCAACUAAGCAGCCUUUUAGAUGCGUGGCUUAGCACUUCAUCGUCCGAAAAGAAGAUACAGACUUCUGUCGGGGACUCUGCCAAGGAGUUUGUGAUGGUCCUUUCAUAUGGGCGGAAGGUUGAAGUCCCAACCUCUUGAGGCUGCAAUAAUGAAGGCUUUAGAUUUUCCCAUUUAUCAUCUUCUCUAGCUAAACAUAGUGUUUAGAUCAAUAUUAGUAUGCAGGAACUUUUUUCUCGAGAGUGUAUCACUGAGAUGAGGUUAUUAUAAGUGUUUACAGUUUAAUCUUAUUAUACAACUACAGAAUGGUUGUUUGCGCAUUGCAAGUUUGCAACCUACCCGUGUAAAUGAGGUCGGAUAUCAGUUCUUUUUAGAUGGUAUAGAAGAUGAUAAACCACAGUCAAUCCUUAUUUAUUUAUAAUUUUUUUUUUGGUGCGAAUAAGCCACGAGAGUACUAUAAGUAGAUCCUUAUUGUAGUUGAUCCUUUUCUUUCUUUUGUUAUAGUCUUAUAGAUAAAAUACUUGAUUAGCUUGGGUUGGUAAUACUAUUUGUUCCAUUCUCCUAAAUUCAUGUGCCAAUGCAAGUCAAAGUCAUUGACUUUUCAAAAUGACGUUGCAUAAGAAUUCUGCUAUUGUCCAUGUUUGCUACCUUGGUAAUACUAGUGUUUCUUUAUCGCGUGCGGUUUUUAAAGGUAGUAAUUUUUUGUUCAAAAAUAUAGUGCAAUCUUAAAACACAAUUUCAUUCGGCUUUUUGUCAAGUAGGUACAAGCAUUACCAUCUUAAUAUUAGCACUGAAUUACCUUUAUGAAUUUACGGAGUAUAGCACAAUCAACCAACCUUAGGUUUAUAAGAAAAAAGACAAACAGCAUAUCUAAACUCUCCAACCCAAACCCUCAUUCAGAAUCUUCUACAUGCGCGCUUCCUCCUCACCAAACAUCAUAUUCUUAAAGUAUCUGGUAAAUCCACUCACUACUUCUCCACCAACGCCGCAACGGCAAGCCCCUGAUCGAUUUCCAGCAGACUCGAAUAUCGAGUUGAGCAACGGCGACAACGGCAAGAUGCGAAUCACAUCCUCCGACAUCGGGUUUUUUCUCUUGAGCUUUCCCCCCUAAAUUAAAAUAUAAUUGUUGCCCCUAUUCCUAAACAGUUUAAUUAAUUUUGGAGUUAUUUGGAGUCCAUCUACCAUUAGUAUGAGCUUGAAAGUAUAUAAUAUUCAAUAAAUGACCCAUUUCAUAUUCGACUUAGCCGAGAAAAGUAAUAGUUAAUACGUAUGAGCUCAUAAAUGUUUUAUAUGGACUUUUCAGUUGUAUAUUCAACCUUUUAACCCUGAUUUAUUGUUUGCGUCGUUUGUUGGA